UGGCUGUUUAAAAUGGUGUGAAUAUGAUAGCCAAUACUGUAUGUAGACAGCCAACGGUAGCAAGUAGAUAGACUGGAGAGUAUUUCAGGACCGUCUGCAACUACAAAAAGUUUAUUGAUUUAAAUGGGGGAAACCAACAAGAACAUUUUUACUGGGCAGAAAAAAACAUAUGGUGGAGUAAUAAAUCAUACAAUUUGGGAGGCUGGAGUGAUACAGUGAGGAUUUACUUCGAUUCAUUACCCAAAGAAAGAGAGGGAGAGAAAGAAAGAAAAACUACAGAGAGAAAGUGACAGUGGGGGCCGUGGAGUUGAGUGAAGCGCUCACCCUUGAGAGGGGCAAAAGAUGACUGUUGUAUCCCGUGAGAACCAGGACGAGACUGUGGUAGUCCCUCCCCGGUACCAAGAUGAUUGCGACGUGGAGCGGGGCGACCAGGAGUGUAGCGAGAGGGUCGUCAUCAACGUCUCCGGGCUGCGCUUCGAAACACAACUGAAGACCCUCUCGCGCUUUCCCUCUACGCUAUUGGGAGACCCACGUAAAAGGAUGCGCUUCUUCGAUCCGUUGAGAAAUGAGUACUUUUUCGACAGGAAUAGACCCAGCUUUGAUGCUAUCCUUUAUUAUUACCAGUCCGGGGGAAGGCUUAGGAGACCUGUCAACGUUACCAUGGACAUUUUCAUGGAAGAAAUCAAAUUUUAUGAAAUCGAAGAGGAGGUCAUAGAGAUGUUCAAAGAAGAUGAAGGUAUGAUCAGAGAGGUGGAACGUCCGAUGCCUGACAACGAGUUUCAGCGCCAGAUGUGGUUGUUGUUUGAGUACCCCGACAGCUCGGGGCCUGCCCGGAUGAUCGCUGUUGUAUCAGUCAGUGUGAUUUUGAUAUCCAUACUGAUCUUCUGUUUGGAGACAUUGCCACGGUUCAGGGAAGAUCACAGCACAGACAUAGAACUCAGUAAUCACCUCAUCACGAAUGGGACUACUCGCCACAAAAAAAAAUAUCCGUUGACAGACCCGUUUUUUAUGGUUGAGUCACUUUGCAUCGUGUGGUUUUCCUUUGAAUUUCUCAUGAGGUUUUUAUCGUGCCCUAGCAAACCGGCUUUCUUCAAAAACGCAAUGAACGUCAUUGACAUAUUAGCGAUUGCUCCUUAUUUCAUCACCCUUGGACUUGAACUCGCUGAGCUACAGGGAGCGGGAAGCGAGCAGGCCAUGUCGUUAGCCAUACUCAGAGUAAUCCGUUUGGUUCGAGUCUUCAGGAUUUUCAAACUUUCCAGGCACUCCAAGGGUCUCCAAAUCUUGGGCCAGACACUCAACGCCAGCAUCAGCGAACUUGGUCUUUUGAUAUUCUUUCUUCUCAUAGGGGUUAUUCUGUUCUCCAGCGCUGCUUACUUUGCAGAGACAGACGACCCUGAAUCGGGAUUCACGAGUAUCCCCGCCGCAUUUUGGUGGGCGGUGGUGUCCAUGACUACGGUUGGAUACGGAGACAUGUGCCCGGUUACUAUUGGCGGCAAAAUAGUGGGAUCGAUGUGUGCCAUCGCCGGAGUGCUGACCAUAGCCCUACCUGUCCCUGUCAUCGUUUCCAAUUUUAAUUACUUCUAUCACAGAGAACGCAAUGAUGAGGACACCGCCGUGUAUACUCACGUGACUUGUGGUCAACAGAAUACUUCAUUUGGCGAAUUCAAAUCUACCAGCGACAGCAAACAGUCCCUCGCCAAAUCAGAGUACAUUGAAGAUGAUUCUCUCGAGACACUCAGAUUUACUAACUUUAGCCCAUUUGAACAUUACACUGGCAAGCUGACAGAUGUAUGAAAAAACAAGCAACGCCCUAGCUGAGCAGAAAAAAAACGAUAUCGGUGAGUAGCCAGCCUGAGAACAUUUACGGGCGCUUUUACGCAAGCAGUUAGUUGGCAUGCAAUCUCUCAAUAACUUGAAUUCAUUUGUUGAAUAUCUUCAGUUGGCCUAAUGCUUCAUAACAGUAAUGUCAGGUCAGUGUCCGGCCUAUGUGCAUGUUUGAAUAACUACACGCAAUUUUACCCACCCUAUUACGCACGGUGUUUGUUGGCAUAUAAUCUUAAAAUAGCUGGAAUUAAUUUGUUUGACACCUUCAGUAGGCCUAAAACUGUAUUACAGGUCAGUAGCGUACAGUGUUGAGUGGCUACAACAACUUCUAAAACUGGGUUGCUUUUGGAGAGUUUAUAGAAUUUCUGAACUCGGAGCGCCACUGUGUGGUUGAAACGCAAUCGCGCAGCAGACGCGUCUCAGGGGACAAGAUCAAAACCAACUGCCUUUCUACUCCACUUGAAAGGAAAUGCUGAUGGGACAAGAUCAAAGACCAUUGCGUUUCUGCUCCGCUUGAAAGGAAAUGCAGGCAUGGCUUUUCCAAUUCUAGAUGUACUUGUAACUGAAAAGGUCAAGAGAGUGAAUAAAAAACACACAUGACAUGUCUCCAUGAACAAUUGGCCAGCAAUGUGAGAUGACAGGUGCUGAUGCAACAUCCAAUGGGGAGCUCGCUGAAGGAAAUACGGGUUUGGAGCCUCUGCCUUUAGGAAACCGAUAACCUUUGAAAAUCAAUGAACCUUUAAAAGUAUUUUGCUGUCCAUUCAAUGAACUAUGAAAAGACUACUGUAGAUAUCCUGUUGUGUAUUGUUGUAAAUAGGCCUAUACUGUAAAUUCAAUCGUUGUGCUUGACUCAGAAUCUUAAUGCGAACAUAUCUUGCUUUGUGUGCCUUUACGUGGAUGAUUUCAAAGGAACUAUUUGGGUAGUCCUUUAUUUUAUUGAACUAUUUUAUUGUACAGAGUAUCUGAUUUUGCCAUAAACGUUCCUUGGGAAGCUAGUUUUAAAAUCACUAGUCUUAAAAUAACUUACAGGCCCCGUUAGCUUAACCAUAGGAAUCUUAUUAAGUAUGCAUGUAAGGAGACAUCUAUUGUGCUCAUGAAAUGUCAUGAAGAUUUAUUUAUAUUUUUGUAAGAUUGUUCAAAUGUAUGUGAACUUUUGAAGAAUAUUUUUUUUUAUAAAACAAUUCAGAAAAUA